GUGACCCCAUCAGGUGACGCAGGACGAUUUAGUCGGGGUAUAAAGCAGCGAUGUCCUGGGGGGUCACAGCUUCAUCGUGAUUUGAGGUUCGGCAACCCAAGUGAACUCCAAUGAUGGCGUCCAGCAUUGAACUCGAUCGGUUCUACAGCGAAGAGGUUGAGUUUCCACCUCGGCUGCUCACUUCGCACAUCAAAACUGCCGAAAGCGAGGUUGGUACACUACUUGACGGGAUGGGAAGCAUUCUGCGGCCAGACAUAGAUCCCUUGAUUGAAGACAUCGUUUAUACCGGCAGCUCCUACGAAGGACUCAAGGUGAAGGGGAAAAUGGAGCUGGAUGUUAUGAUCGUUAUCUCUCACCCGGAAUUCAAGUUUAUCCCCAUGACCUCACAUUACAGUGGCUAUCGUAAAAUAGAAGCUGAGCGACAACCACUUACUCAACUGCAAGCAACAGGUUUUUGGAAAUCAGAAAGUCCCUUUCACUCAUUUGAAAAGGACUUUACCAGCAAUGGAUACCUGAUACCAUCAAAAAUAUAUCAGUGGUUCCAGUCAUUAGCAGACAGAGCAGUCAAAGAAAACAAGUUAAAUUUUUUUACAAAGUUUGUAGGCAACUAUCCAGCCCGUACGCUCAUUUUAAAUAUUAGCCCCGGUGUUGAUAUCUACGUGGACCUCGUCCCAGCGAUCAAAAUCGAGGGAGAUCUCUACGCGGUGGCCAAACCCUUGAAGACAUCCCCAGAAUUGCACCUCUGGAGGCUGUCGUUCUCGGUCUUCGAGAAAAAGAUCCUCAGGCAGCAUCAAAGCUCCUUCCACCUGAAUGCCCUGAAGAUCCUCAAGUACCUGCGGGAGCACGACCCUCGGCUGGAGGAGACGUCUCAGUUCGCGAGUGGAAUCUGCUCGUACCACCUGAAGACGGCCUCCCUCCACCUGCUCGCGCAGAGGCCGGACACGCCGGAGGGCCUGCACGAGUGCCUGCACCAGCUGAUGGACUUCCUCCUUGAGUGCAUGCAGAAAAGGGAACUCAACCACUUUUUUACGGGGAAUCCAUCGAGCCUGGCGAGGAACGCGCAAGUGCCCAGCAGCAUUACCCACAGAGAGUGCUGCCUCAAUCUCUUCGGUAGCACAUUUAUGAAUUGGAGCACCCUGAACCAGGCGAGGGAGAGACUCAUCAGGAUUAAACGAUCUUUGCCUGCUGUAAUCCAACAGCAUUCUGGCCUGGCACCAGGGCGGUCGCCGCGAUAUAACGAUAUAGCGAUAUCACGAUAUAACGAUGUCGCAAUAUCGCAUCACGGCGAUAUCGUAUUGCGGCGACAGCCGUCGUUUCAAAACCGGGAAAAUGUCCGCGGUCCCCUGAGCCUCCACGUCCCCCCUCCUCAACCCCUCCAGGUGGGCAAUCUGGGAGGGUUCAGCCAAUCAGAGGCAAGGACUUUGGUGACGUCACAGAAAGCCGCCAUGGUAACCGGGGACCCCCCGCGCGGGCAAUUUGCUGCCACGUCAGAAGGAGGCGGCGGCGGCGGCCUUCGGCUGUACUCACAUUGCUGUUGUUGUUUGUUGUUGUUUAUUGUUGUUGUUUGUUGUUUUGGUUUACUCUGGAUUCUGUCAACCGCUAAUUCUGUCAGUACUGCGGGGGCCACUUUUUGGUGAGCAGGGCUCGACACGAACUUAUACAGUACUCGCUUAGCUCGCAUAGAAGACACUGACUCACAUAGACACACUGACUCACAUAGACACACUGACUCACAUAGACACACUGACAGACACACUGACUCACGUAGACACACUCACUCACAUAGACACACUUACUCAUAGACACACACUCACAUAGACACACUGACUCACACAGACACACUGACUUAUAGACUCACAGACACUGACUCAUAGACUGAAUAACACGUAGGCACACUCACUGAUAGAAUCGCAUAUAUUUCAUUUUUUCAUCAAGGAUUUCAAAGGGCUGUACAGGAUACAGCAGCAGCAGACACUCAGCAUAAAAAGAAUAUUAUACAUACAUUUUGAAAUCUAAUUUGCUAAAUAAACUAAACGUUUAAUAAGCUUAAGCGUAUAAAUAGGUUUUAAGAUGCAUUUUUUAAAACGUCCACAGACUCUAGAGAGAGAUAUCCCUUAUGUCUCGUGGAAGAGCGUUCCACAAUAGCCUGGGGGAGGCUACACGGGGACAAAUCUGGGUCACCCAUAGACAUAAGCCUCGACUUGGGAAUAGAGAGAACAUCUGCAUCACCCAUCAGAGGUGGGGAACGUCCGGCCUGCGGGCCGUAUAAGUCCCACGAAAUAAUUUGGUCUGGCCCUGCCAAGGCAACCGCACGACUCGAAAUUCAAUAAAUCUAGGAGCUUUUUGCAUAGCAACGUGAAUUUGAUUUUGUAUGGCCCGCGAAUGAUGUUAUAAAUAUUUAAUGGCCCUUGGCAGAAAAAAGGUUCCCCACCCCUGAAUUUUAAUAGGAGGUUUGAGAACCCGACGACUCCACGCAGAUAGGUACCCAAGUCAGUAACUGAACCCAGGUAUUUUAUUUUAAUAAUAUAAAUGCCCAACUUUAUCUGUGAUGAAUAUUAUGAACGCUGCACUUCCUGUUAUUUUCAUGCAGGGGGCGCUGCAAACCUACGCGCCCCCUGCAUGAACGACGGAGGCGCAGGGACAGACGUUCGAUUACAUAGGAAUCGAUCUGCAGACGGCGGUCUUCUCGCAUGGCCAUCAGCUCUAUGUCGCCUUAUCUCGAUCUCGCAAUCUCAAACAGGUGAAAGUCCUCAUCGAACCGAACCCCCAGCAAGGCCAUCUACUUAACGACGAGAGAAAAUUCACACGAAAUGUCGUUUUCAAUUAAGUCUUCCAGACAUGCAUCCCAGUGUAUGGAAGUUCGCUUGUAACACGACUUAUAAACCCGUGCACGAAUGCUAUAGGUACGUUGUGUUAAAUUUACUCGGCGAACACCGUAGUUUCUCUUGAUUAGUCUUUUUUUUCGCAAUUUAUUUUAAGAAUUUGUAUUUUAUAAUUCAAAACUUUCAACUUUAAGUGAUAUAUAUGCAUAUGCUUUAAAAAAGAGGUUUGCAGCAUGCUUAAGUGUACAGUUAUUUUAUUACAUCUUGGGCCCGACAUUUUCUCCGUUGGAUCGCAUCUCCAAUUCGAUCAUCGAAGUCAAUGGGAAAACAGGGCUCAGCACACGGAAUGUCGCCUUGCGGACAGCUUUUUCAGGAACCUGUGUUCCGUAUAUCGAGGGCAAGGGAAGACAAGGCGGCGUCGUUGUCCCAUGGUUGAUUGAAGACAGUUUUUUUAUCAGCUUUAGCGAGUGACAGUGGUGGCGGUAGUAACACAGGGCAGCAGCAGCACCAACUGUUGGAAAGUCCUCAUCGUGCCAAUUCGUUGCUCGUACAGCACACCGGUGUAUAGGAGAGCAAAGCCACAACAGUUACAAUGAUUAUAGAUUGAUUGUAAAUGCCGGUGUGCUGUACUAGUAACGAAUUGGCACGCUCUGUUUACGUGACAAUUCUUACCAUUUGGCUGCGUCGGGUGGUGGCGGGUUUAACGACACAUUUAUAUAUUUACGUGAUAUAACCCCAAAAAAACCUGUAUUAUGGAGUAUGUCGCCUGUUUACCCAGCAAGCGAAUUACACGGUUUUUUUUGCAGAAGGCAGACGAUGUUCCUGCUGCGUGUGAUUCCCAACUGAGUCAUUUGCAGGGAAUUGGACAAUCAACACCAGGUUACGUUGUGUGAGUUUUAACCUAAACCUGAAAGCUGCAUAACCUGGAGGGUGGAACGUCCGGCCCACGGGCCGUAAAAGGCCUGCAAAAUCAUUUGGUCUGGCCCUGCCAAGGCAACAGUACGACUCGAAAUUCAAUAAAUCUAGGAGCUCUUUUCAUAGCAAGGUAAAUUUAUUUUGCAUGGCCCGCGAAUGAUGUUAUAAAUAUCCAAAUGGCCAUUGGCAGAAAAAAGGUUCCCCACCCCUGAAUUAAAAAGGGAGGGGUGAGAACACGCAGACUCCACGCAGAGAGGUACCCAGAGUCAGUAACUGAACCCGGGUAUUUUAUUUUAAUAAUAUAAACGCCAACUUUAUCUGUGAUGAAUAUGAUGAACGCUGCACUUCCUGUCGUUUUCAUGCAGGGGGCGCUGCAAACCUACAUGCUCCCCCUGCAUGAACGACGGAGGCGCAGGGACAGACGUUCGAUUAUGUUAGAAUCGAUCUGCAGACGGCGGUCUUCUCUCAAUCCCGCAAUCCCAACCAGGUGAAAGUCCGCAUCGAACCGAACACCUUGUAAGGCCAUCUACUUAACAACGAGAUCAAAUUCACACAAAAUGUCCUUUUCAAUUAAGUCUUCCAGAUGUAAAAUGAUAUAAGCUUUUAAUGAAGAAAUAAAAAAAAUAUCUAAUUCGAAGCAUAAUACAAUUCAAAGAUGUUUCAUUUUUUUCCGUGAAUGCAUCGUUCGUGUGAAAAAAAAAAUCGUGACUUUCCUUGCUGAAGGCCACCACGGGAGGGUAUGGGCACAUUAUCAUGGGGAGGAGUAUUGAGGUGAAAGAUGUGGAUUUCAAAACACAAAGACAAAGAUCCCCCGUGUCUCGGCCUCGCUGUGCGCUGCGUUGCACCGCUAGCUGAGUAGUUAACCUCGCAUUCAAUAAACCCUCAGAGUCAGGGUGAACAUCCGACUCCAAACGUCAUUUAUUGAAUUGAACGAGGUAAAACUGGUAAGAAAACAGCACAGGGACAGCAUCUGUUAAUACCUGGAAACACCAACACAAUGAAUGAACACCACAGCAUCAUAACAUUAUCUUAGAUAACAUGUUUCUUAACAAUAGAUCCUGGAUAGACCAGGCACCUACAUUACCACUGAAUAGCUAUACAAGAGCAUAAGCUGCUGUGUUACAUAAAGGCACGUCGUGUAUUCAUCACACUGCACCCCAAAUGUACCGCACUACAUAUAACACUUAACUGUGGAUGAGACAUUUUGUCAUCCUUGCUCUCAAGAUCGCAAUAUAGUUAGUUGGGUACAAGUUUGACUCGACUUAUUCGAUUAUUCGAUUACAAGUAACAUUCACAAUAAGGCAAGUUGCAGGCUUCGUUGUUAACUAGGCCUCGUAUUUAUCAUAACAAUUUAACAGCAUUAUAAAGGCAUUUACAACAUUAUAACAGCUUUCCCAGAAUUAUAAGAACAUAAACAAACUUACAGACAAUGCUUCUUAAAGUCCCACAAUGGACAAUUACAGCUGUCUUCACUGGGACGCGAUUUGUGCCGCCAUCUUAAAUUCUGUGUAAUGGCUGCCUCCAGCCUCGUGGCUGAAAGACUGUCAAAUCGGAACUUCCUGGUCACGUGACCAAACUCAACCUCAAAACAGAAAAUUCCUGUGUACGCACACACGCACUCCUCCCACGGAGCACAACACCUGCCGU